CAGAGUGAUUCCGUGGCCAGCGAUGUCUCGAGUCCCCCUCUCCAAAAGUCGUCCGAGCACCUGUUGGGUCUCGAGCGGUAAAAGACGUGCACGAAGCGAAUCGAGCGAGAAAAGAACUAAAAAGGCGGGGCCCAAGGGUGCUGCUACCUUUAUACAGCGCUCAAAACUGACAUAACACACGUUUUGCGUGUGUUACGACAGCUUGAUCACCGCGCUGACUCAAGCGGCGCUGCUAUUUCGUGUUAUCAGUGACAGCUUCGGCUAGCGGACUAGAAGAGCGCAUUUGGCACCCGUAAACAGUCCAUAGCUUUUCGUACCUCUUCAAGAAGCUCGCAAAUCCCGUUAAACUGCCUGCUUCUUUCCGUUGAUUUCACUCGCGUAAUUGGGUUAGCGCUCAGUUCACUCGGAUGCCGUUGUUCAGCCAGAACCAAGUUGUGAGGGAGGCCGUGGAUUGCAGAUCACUCGACAGCUGCAUCUGUUGUUAAUCCUCCACCAGGCGCUCAUUGUCUCCGGUCAUACUUUGCCCGAGGAACGCACUCAAGGCUCGGGAAGUGCUGAAGCACGACCAAGGGAUGGUGCCAGCGUGAGGCCCCCAGCGGGCCCUCCUGGCCGCGCGGCGUGCCGCCCCGGGCCCGUGGCGGUGUUGGGGCGGGUGCCCCAUGCGGGCCAAGAGCUUCCUGCUCCUGCUGGGCUGCAUCGUGGCCACCAGCACCCUCGUCUGCCUCUAUGGAGACCCCAAGCCUGCCCUGGAUGGACUCGUCUCCGAGACACACCGCCAGCUCAGCAACCUCAAGAACCUCAAGGUGGGACCGGAGCAGCGCGAGCCCCAGGAGCUGGAGCGCUACCUGUCGCACCUGGGGCUGUCCCCCCCGAGCCCAGCCCCUUCCCGGUCGCCCACUUCGGGCCCCAACGCCGUGCCGGCCGUGGUAGGCACCGCCAUGGGGCCCGACCAGGUGGCGCGGCUGGCGGGCUUCCUGGAGGCCUGCCAGGCCCACUUCCCUGACCACCCCGUCGUGGUCUACGCGCUCGACCUCGGCACCGUGGACCUGCUCCAGGCCCAGAACCUGUGUAACUCGAGCAACUGCACGCUGCGCACGCUGAACUUCGACUUCUACCCGGCGCACGUCAGCAACCUCAAGAUAUAUGCCUACAGACCCAUCAUCAUUCAGGAGCUGCUGCGCCAGGCGGGGGCGGUGCUGUGGCUGGAGCCGGACUACCAGCUGACGGCGGCACCGGACCCCCGGCGGGUGGUGGGGCGGGCCCUGCGGGAGGGUCUGGCGGCCCCCUGGUCCCCCGAGCCUCAGCCCACCUCGGCCCUGACCCACCUGGGCAUGUUCGAGUACCUCGGGGCCCCCCGGGAGGCCUUCUUCUUCCACCGCAUGGUCGACCCCUCCGUCAUGCUGCUCUUCGACUCGCCCCAGGUGCGGGGGCGGCUGAUGCUUCCCUGGGUGCGGUGCGCCCUGGUGGCAGAGUGCAUCACCCCCGUUGGGGCACAGAGCACGGGUUGCCGCUUCGACAAGAAGCCCCUCUACCGCUACUCUGGCUGCCACAGGUAUGAUAUGUCUGCACUGAACGUCAUCCUGGGGCUCCUGUACAGCAACAACCAGCAACCGUACGUCUUUCCGGACGAAGACCACUUCUUCAAGAGGCUACCCGACGGCACGGACCUGCCACCGGCGCCCUCGUUGUCGGAUGGCAACACCACGGUGCGGCACCCACCGACGCCGCUGCCCGCGAGAUGACUGCCGCCGCAGCCAUUCCAAACAGCGCCAGUCGCCCGCCACCGCAGAAACGCUUCCAUCCGGAAUGGGACGUGUUACCCAACGGACACUUCGGUGUUUCUUUCAUGCAACGCUGCCAGGCUUUGUCCCCGAGUUCCGUCUGAACAAUAUGCACAAAUAAGCGGUGAUCGGUGCUGCGACGCAUCUCAAGAAACCCAAAUUCGCCCCGCGCUGCCCAAAUUUCUUCAGUUGUUUCGCACGUUACAAGUUGUGUUUUGCGUGGUGCGCAUUUGAAAUGGGCGCUGGCCCGUUACUCGUCUGCUUGAGAGCCAAGUCUCUUUUGAGGGCUUUCGGGCCGACCGCUGCACUGCGUUCGCUUAGUGUGAGGCGUCUCAGCGUAAAGAGAUUUUUGUUUUGCAGCUUGUGUUUUUUUUAUUUACCCCGCGUUCUUGCCUUCUUCGCUGCAGUCACCGUUAGUCACCAGUUCUUGCCUAGCGUAGCCCCGAUGCCUGGUUUUGACAGUGGGCGAGCCCACGCACCCUCCGUCGAACAAACGUCUAGCGACUUGUACGGCAGAGUCGUCGCUGCCUUUUGCCAACGCCCGAUCAAAUCGGUCAGAAGGCGACGACUGCCCCCGUUCCAGAAACCUAACUUAGUCGUUUGCUCUCUCUCGUUUAGGGUAGGCAACCUAUCUGUGUCCUCGAUAGUUUAGUUGCUAGGAGCAGAGUCACGGACUAGUCAGUGCAACCCCAAUUGCCUUUGUUUGAGUUGUGCCCCUUGUUUUGUUUUGUCGCGUUACCGGUUUGUGUUUGCUUUUCGAGACUGUGAAGCUUGAAAUUCGUUGGAAGUAGACUCUCGUUCCUGCUAAGGAAGAGCAUCCCCAACGUAUACUAAACAAAGCUUCGGACUUCCAUGCUGGCUGUUUGACACACUUGAAACGGUCAUUCUCUUUCAAUUUGGCCCCAAGCCCGUAGCUUACCGAGUUUUGCCGGUCCUCCGACACGUUUGUACUCGGCAGGAAUUGUCCCGCCCCGGUCGAACAAUGUUUCGCGACAGCACAACUGAAAGUAUAGAGACGCAUUGGUGGGAAGUUGCUUUCAGCUUGGGUCGCACAAACACUCACUCAGCCACGAGGGCUCUCGGAGCUAGGUGCAUGCAACUUUCUUGGUGUAGAAAGCGGAGCUAAAGUUUUGGGUUUUUGUUAGCUGUUUUUCCUUUCGUAUUUGAAGCAGAACACUUGGCGAAAGGUCCGUCCUGAGGACACAUUCCAAGUAGUCGGCAGGUUUAGCAGUUCUGUCUGCGAUUUAUCUCUUUUUUUUCUUUACUCAGAGUUGAGAGUUACUAUUAGCAUUAGAGCCUUCAUGGGUCUGUUCUACUAGCUUUGAUUGAAUUCAUGUGGAGUAUCGCAGAUAUUUGCCAUUGCCACUAAAACGAGAUAGUACAUUGCAGUGACACCGAAUGCUUUCUUUGUGUCCUUUUGUUAACAUUGAUCUGUGUUGCACCCAGUGUCUUCACUGGAUUGAGAUCAAAGCAUGCGAAAAUGCCUGGCACCAUUCGAGAGUUCAGUUUUCUCUACAAUGCUAACGUAUUUCAUAUAAAAAAAAAUAUCGCGCACCAGACAAUGAGCUAGACUUUUAUACACACACUUUUUAAUAGUACAGAUGGUACAUUUCGUUUUAUUAAAAUAAAUGUGAUGUUUUCUAAUGGAAA